CAAUUACGAUAAACCAAUUAAAAUAUCUGAUGAAAGACUGGAAGGAGCCUGUCGUCAGUUUGUGUUGGGGAUAAGCAAAGGUUUGCGAAGUCGUUCCGCAGCUCCUAUGUAUAUUAACAUGGAUUUGGAUAUAUGGCGAAAUCUAACAUGUGGAAAAGGGGAAGUAUCUGAGCACUGUGGUAACAACCUGUACCAGAAAAAUAAUUAUGAGGCAUUGAAGUACCUACCAGAGAACUGGUGGUACCAUAUAAAUCAAAAUGGAGAAGGAAUAGCAGUUGAUCUUCCUCUGAAAGCCAAGCCAAUGUUGUCCUGGUCAUCUGUCAACUUCAUGAAGAAAAACGGCAAGUUAUGCAGAGCUGCUAGGAUUCCAGUGGAGAAGAUAUGCCUAACUGUUGUAAGAAAGGCAUGCAAUGCCGAACAUGUUGUUUGA